AUGCGGGCCUCGCUAGAGGAGUACGAGGACGAGUACCGCGCGCACAGCUCUGAGGCCGCCGCCCACCUGGAGACGGCCAGGGCCACUGCGGACCGCGACGACCGGCAGCAGGCGGCGGCGGCGGCGUCGCGUUCCAUCGACGCAGCGCGCGAGGUGGUGUCGAUGCUGGAGAUGGAGGCGGGCGCUCUCCCAAAGACGGAGCGGGCGCCUCUCUCCUCGCGCAUCCGCGCCUACCGCUCCGAGCUGACAGACCUCUCACGCCGCUUGCGGGAGGCGACGCGCGCCGACGCGCGCCAGGCGGCCGCCGUCGCCUCGGACUGCAUACGCGAGGAGCUCUUCUCGGCGGCGAGCGGGGACGGAGGCGGGCGCGACGAGAGCGAGCGGAUGCUGGCCAACUCGGACCGGCUGGCGAGCUCGACCAACCGGCUGCGCGAGGCGCACGCCGCCACCCUCGACAUGGAGGAGCGGGGAGCCGCCAUCAUGGGCGACCUUGCGCGGCAGCGGGAGACGCUGAUGCGGACGCGCGGCACGCUCGGCGCCGCGCGCGAGGGGCUGGAGGCGUCGCGCCGCGUGCUGCGCCAGAUGGGCCGCCGCGCAGCGACGAACAAGGCCGUGCUGCGCGGCAUCUUCGCCGUCGUCCUCCUCAUGUUCCUCUGGAUCGCGUGGCCAAGCGCGGAGGCGCCCUCGCCACCCGUCGGCUAGGCGAGAGGACGGCGCCGGGGCGGGCUCCGGUGGCGCGUAGCGACCAGCGAGGGCCUGGGCCCGGAGCCUCUGCUCUGCGGUCCGAUGUGCGGUCGGCGGUGGCAGGCCGCCGGCGGGGUUUGUGUGACACACGCGUGUUGGUUUUGUGUGAUGGGGGAGGUGGAAUUCCACGAGACCGC